AUGAUAAACUACCACAAGAAAAAAAAAUCCCAAUAUGCCAAAAGGGCAAAAGAUAAGACCUGCAAGGGGAGAGCAUCCAUAUCAGCACGCAGGGCAACAACCGGCGUAAAUCCCGAGGUCAUCGAGCUGACCGCGAAUGAGGACACUGGUGUUGAAUUCUUGGAAUCUAAGCUCUGGGUUCUCGUGGAUUUUCCUCCUUAUCGAGAUAAGCCAAUCUUUUUCUUUGUGGGCCGAGCUGAGAAUCUCCUUUGCAGAUUCUUCAUCGAAAAUUGUCACUUGGGCUGGAGUUUUUGCUGUGCUGGUGAUGAUCAGUAUAAGCAAAACGAAUAG